ACCUCCCCCCCCCUCCAUGCAUUAGUUCUCAGGUGGAGCUGCAUGUGAUAUAUGUUGGGGAAAGGAGGAAAGCGGAAGUUUGACGAGCAUGAAGAUGGGUUGGAAGGCAAAGUGGUGUCUCCUACUGACGGUCCCUCUAAGGUGUCUUACACCUUACAGCGUCAGACUAUCUUCAACAUUUCCCUUAUGAAACUUUAUAACCACAGGCCAUUAACGGAGCCAAGCUUGCAAAAGACAGUUUUAAUUAACAACAUGUUGAGGCGAAUCCAGGAAGAACUCAAACAAGAAGGCAGCUUGAGGCCAGUGUUUGUGACCGCUUCGCAGCCCGCCGACCCUCUCAGCGACAACUUCCGCGAGGCCCAGCCGGCAUUCAGCCAUCUCGCCUCCCAGCCCCUUCUCCCCACUGACUUCGUAAGCACUACGCCCCUGGAGUCUUGCCUCACCCCAGCCUCUUUGCUCGAGGACGACACUUUUUGCACUUCCUCGACUGUCCAGCACGAUGGUCCGACAAAACCACCACCUCCUGCUCUCCAACCAGUAAAGGACAGCUUCUCCUCAGCCUUGGACGAAAUCGAGGAGCUUUGUCCAGCACCUACCUCCGCAGAGGCAGUAGCAGCUGAAACAGCAGCCGAUGACUCUAAAGACCACCCCAGCGAGUCCAACGUUCAAAAGCCUGAGGGCCUCCCGGAGAGCAGAACAGCCGAAUCGAAACUCAUGGACUCGCUACCUGGCAACUUUGAGAUCACAACUUCCACAGGUUUCCUCACAGACUUGACCCUGGAUGAUAUUCUGUUCGCUGACAUUGAUACGUCCAUGUAUGAUUUUGACCCCUGCACAUCUGCCACGGGGGCUGCCUCAAAAAUGGCUCCCGUCUCAGCAGAUGAGCUCCUAAAAACUCUCGCUCCGUACAGCAGUCAACCAGUAACUCCAAAUCAGCCUUUCAAAAUGGACCUCACAGAACUGGAUCACAUCAUGGAGGUGCUUGUUGGGUCUUAAAAUAUAGAAAUAUAGCAACUUUUUUUUUUUAAUUUUAAUUUUAAGUACCAGUAUAUACACUUGGUAGUAUUUCCAUAGUCCCUCCCACCCCUGAUUCACAGCACUGUGCAUGCGUCCUUGCUUGCCUUUUUUGAAAAGAAAAGGAUCACACUAGUUUUUGCUUCAAGCAGAGUUGGAGUGCCUUCAUCCAUGUAUGACCACUUCUAAUGUAUUUUUUUUAAAGUGGUUCCUCAAGGAAGACCGAAUAUCCUGGUAUAGGAAAGAAUAUGUAUUGUAGACAAUGUUAUGUUAUUACAAAAAAAGAAAAAAAAAAAAAAGAAAAAAAUUGUAAAAGCUAAGCACAAGGAUUAUGUUGGGGAAAGCUGUAAAUUGCAUGUGCAUAUUUGUCUAUUUUUUCUAUAAGUUUUAUUGCAAGAGGUAAAAAAUUUUAUUAUUUAGAUAAUCUCAAUACCAUUUUAGCCCUGUAUAGGUUGACUUAGCAAUUCAGCCUUUUGGAGGCAUUAACCUGCUCCUCUUUAAGUGUUGCAUUUACAUGGCUGUUUAGAAACUGCUGCCCAAAUUUAUUUUAUAUUUUUGUACAGAUUCUGCAGUUUAUGAUAUUGUUUUUUCUAAAAACAAAUGCUGUUUAUACACACAAAAAAAUAGCUAUUUUGAUAGGAUUUGCUCACAUAGUUCCUGCAUAAUUCAGAUGUACAAGAACCACUUGUACUUUUAUACAGAGUUGUAAUGUUUUAUAUGUGUAUGGUGCAAAGAGAAAAUUGGAUCAAAUAAGCCUGCAGUCGGUUUCCCUGAAUGCAAACAAAAAAGUGCUUUAAGAAAGGGCUGGGAGCUGCUUCUGUACGAGUUUCACAAGUGUUUGCUCCCUGCUGUACCCACUGCGCGCUACUGUGAUUCCUGAAACUUAGAGCCAUGUCCUUUUCCAACACGUAUGUGAAGCAGUCGGCAGGAAACAGUUGUGGAACUUCACCCGAAGAGGUCCUGAGCACCACCGCGGCUGCAGCCUCCCUGCCCCGGCACCGGGCCUGUGCCCCCAAGCCCGCCCGCGUCCCCUUGCCGGGGCGUCCAUCCCGCGUGACGUGGAGCGCCUUAACACGGCGGCAGAUCAGCACUUCCUCACCCGAAGCUCCGGGGAAUGGUUUUGAGGGGGAACGUGCCCGUUGCCCACCGAGACCCAACCUCUCGCGGCAAUCUUUCUGACCGACGGGUGUACGUGCGGAGCGGGCAGAAGACUGGCGUUGACGGCGUCCACUCGCCCUUUCUUGGAGCAUUUCUCCUUCCCUCUCCCCACCUCACUGUGCUAAGUGCUGAAAAAGGCAACUUCAGUAUUACUGCAGUGAAGCUCAUCUCUUACCUGCACUGGAUGGACUUGCUUUAAUAUCCAUUGCUGUUGAAACUGGAGCCAGUCGUGUUACAUCACUUGGCAUCUCGUAUAGGGUUGGUUUCUUGUAUCAGCUGUGUUACCUGCUUUACACUUUAUAGACCUGUUUUACAACGAAUAUACAGACACAGCUUUCUAUGCAUGGUCCCGUUCCCCGUAACACCUGAGAAGUCUUCUCAUUACUGCACCAAUAGCAUUUUUUAAGUUCAUUGUGGUGUACAUUUAAUUUAAAAAAAAAAAAAAUGUUUGCAAUGUAUCAUGCCUAUUGCUGAAGUUGCUAUGGCAUUUUAGUUUUUCAAUGGUACUUUAGCUGUUGAGCGCCGGUUACAACCUAUAUUGUUGACAUGCCUAUGGCUUCUUUAGGAAUAACUUUUAUAUUUAUUUAAGAAAUUUUAAAUUAUGUUUUACGUCAUUUGGCAAUAUUCAGUCAAUUCUGCUCCCUUCUUGUCAUGGAUGAAAUUGGGUCUUGUCUGCCUUUUAAGGAGGCAGCUUUUUAUAAAUUGGCACUUUAAAACAGGCCAUAUAUAUUUAUUAGUAUAUAGAUAGAUAGAUGUAACAUAGAUAUGCACACAGACACAGUAUAAAAGCAAAUACGUUUUGCAAUGAAGGAACUCCUAAUUGAAAUGAAAUGCGUCAUGUACAAUUACAGAACACGCUUCUGGCUCCUAAUUCAUCUGCCUGGG